CCUCACGCAGCGCCCGAUCUUGGAGGGUUUAACAUCCCGCUGCCAAAUCCAAAGCAGUGCAGAAAGAGCAGGUUCCCAAACUGAGUUGAGGAAUAGGGUUUCCAUGUGAGGGGUUGAGCUCCUUGUGGAAUCCUCAGUGACUGAGGACAAAUGAAGGCACUUUCGUGUUGUGUUUGGGCAGGUUGGGCUGCACGAGCAGUGUGGUGGUCAAUGAUUUCCAUCUUUCUCUUCUAGAGAUCAAGACAAAUAGGUUUAAGUUAGUUUUCAGCCCCCUGCAAUAGUUCUUCCCAAUCCCAGAGAAGUGGCUGUUCCAGAGCACAUGGGCACUGCAGUGGAGGUGGAGAGAGCUCCCAGAGCUGAGAUCAUCGCGCUCCAGAGCAGCCCUGAUGAGCAGAACCUUUAGAAGUCUGAAACUUGGAAAGGACCAAGAGCAGAAGAUUGUCCAUUGUGACUAGUUCCUGCAAUUUGAACUUCAUGCUCUGAAAAUGACAGUGGCUGUUCCUCCUCCCCAUGUGAGAACGGGGGGAGCUGUAAGGAUUUGGAAGUGGGUUACCAGUGCACGUGCCCUGUGGAGCCUGUAGCUUACACGGGCAUAAACUGUGAAGUGCUCUACGACGCUUGCAUUGAACAUGACUGUCCUGCCCACAUGACCUGCACCCGGACUCCAGGGCUCCUGGAGUAUGACUGUGUGUGCACAGCUGGCCCUGCAGGCGCUGCCUGUGACGGUGUCGAUGAGUGCGAGAGCAGCCCUUGCACAGACCCUCGAUUCGAAUGCGUGGAUAGCCCAGCUGGAUACGCCUGUAGGUGCCAGCCGGGCCCCGCUGGAGAAGGCUGCCAGGCAGAAAGCUCCGUGUGCUCCAGCCACCCCUGCCUGAACAACGGCACGUGCGUGGCGGCUCCGGGCGGGUACCGCUGCCUCUGCCGGCCCGGCUUCAGCGGGGCCACCUGCGGGGACGACAUCGACGAGUGCGCGUCGGGGCCGUGCAGAAACGGGGCCAUCUGCAGGGACAGCGCGGGCGAGUACAGCUGCUUCUGUGUGCCCGGCUUCCAGGGCUCCAACUGCGAGAUCGACAUCGACGAGUGCGCGUCCCGGCCCUGCCGCAACCACGGCACCUGCCUCAACCACAUGGACCACUACGAGUGUCGGUGCGCGCCCGGCUAUGCAGGUGUGAACUGUGAUACUGAAAUAGACGAAUGUGCUUCAGACCCUUGCCAGAAUGGGGCCCUGUGCAGUGAUCAUGUUGGGUUCUACACCUGCACCUGUGCACCAGGUUAUCAAGGAACCCAGUGCGAGGUGGACAUCAAUGAAUGUGAGAGCCAGCCAUGCCAGAGCAAUGGGACAUGUCAUGACCUCAUUAACAGCUACCAUUGUGACUGCAGUGACACCGGCUUCGAGGGGACCCACUGCGAGCUGGACAUCCUGGAGUGUGCCUCUGACCCCUGCCACAACAGUGCCACGUGCCUGGAGGGAAUCAGGGGCUACAGCUGUGCCUGCUGGCCAGGUUACAGGGGGCAGCACUGUGAGGAGGAUGUGGACGAGUGUGUGACAGAGCCCUGUCACAACGGUGGCCUGUGCCUGGAGCGCUCCAACCCAGCCCAUUACGGGACACAGCCCCGCUUCCCCAGCAACUUCAGCUACAGCCAGGCAGCUGGCUUCCUGUGCCAGUGCCAGCCAGGCUUUACAGGGGACACCUGCUUUACCAACAUUGAUGAGUGUGAGUCCCAGCCCUGCCAGAACGGAGGGCUCUGCCAGGACCUGGUGAAUGGCUUCCUCUGUCAGUGCCCACCUGGUUAUUCAGGUGUGGAAUGUGCUGUUAACAUCAACGAGUGUGAGGAGGGUCCCUGCAAGAAUGGAGCUGUCUGUGAGGAUGGCAUUGCUGACUAUUCCUGCCACUGUGCCCCUGGCCAGAAUGGCAUUACUUGGGGAGGGAAGAACUGCUCUGUCCAGCUCACUGGGUGCCAGACACACGACUGCCAAAACGAGGCCUUGUGCAUCCCAACCUACCAAGCUGAGAGCCACGGCCACCUGUGCCAGUGCCAGCCUGGUUUCUAUGAUGCCACGUGCUCGACACCAACAACGUUUUCCUUUGCUUCCAGAGGGUAUCUCCUCAUUGAGCUGCCCGAGAACAGUGAGAGCGGGAGGGGCACGGCAGGAGCCAGCGUGUCCCUCCGCUUCCGAACCACUUUGCCCAGCGCUGUCCUGUUUUACCGAGGCCGUGGAGCUGAGUACUUGUUCCUGGAGCUCUUGGAUGGCAUCCUGCAUGCAGAGCUGAAGAGGGAGGAUGUUGGGUACCCGCUGCUCCUGAAGGGGCUCAGAGUGGACGAUGGCCAGUGGCAUCAAGUGGAAGUUGUUGUGCACAGCACAGUGCAGCUGAAGCUCUGGCACGGCUCUUGUGAGGCCGGGGUCUGCCUGCAGAGCUCUCCUGUCCCACCGGGCACUGCUGUGAUCCCACAAGCCUUCCUGAAUCUGUAUAUUGGAGGUGCUGAGGAUCCAAUGGCCAACAACACACGGAGCCAGCAAGGCUUUGUGGGCUGCCUGGAGGACUUGCAGGUGGAUGCUGAGGCCGUGCUGCCGGCGGAUCUGCCGCUGGGGGAGUCGUCCCCGGUGAGGCCGGGCUGUGACCGCACCGAGUGGUGCCUCUCCCAGCCCUGCUUCCACGGAGGGCUCUGUGUGGACCUUUGGGCCACCUUCAGGUGUGACUGUGCCAGGCCCUAUGGAGGCCCAGAUUGCUCAUAUGAGCGCCCAGCAGCAACAUUUGGCCUAGAGAAUUCCACCAGCUUUGCCUCUUUCACCCUUUCUGACAGCCUUGGUGCAGACUUCAACCUCUCCUUUUUCCUGCGGAGCCGGAAGCCCGAUGGUUUGUUACUGCAGGUCUGCAAUGGGACAGGCCCCUGCCUCACCCUGUACCUGAGGGAUGGCCAGCUGAGCAUAGAGGUGUCACCUAUGGACACUGUGACCUUUCCAGGGAAUGUGGUUGAUGGGAGAAGACAUUUGAUAGCCCUGUCUUUCCGGGGAGGCUCUGUUGGUGCUCUGCAGUCAGACGCGUUCGUGGGGCUGGGGCAGCUGCCAGCACAAGCCCUGGGAGCUGGCUCUGAGGUGUUCAUUGGGGGACACCCAAACCCCGACAGUGCUGAGCUGUGGGGGGGCUAUUUCAAGGGCUGUUUGCAGGACAUCCAACUCAACAGCCACCAGAUACAGUUUUUCCAGGUGGAGAAUGACAGUUUGCCAGAGGAACUCAAUAGGACUCAAACUGGAAACCUUGUGAAUGGCUGCAUCUCUGAUGACACCUGCCAGUCUGAGCCAUGUCAGAAUGGUGGCAGAUGCAUUGUCACUUGGAAUGAUUUCCAUUGCAGCUGUCCAGCAAAUUUCACUGGGAAAUUUUGUGAAGAGAAAGUCUGGUGUGAAAGUGACCCAUGUCCUGAAGCCACCACCUGCAGAGACGUUGUGGCAGGAUAUGUGUGUCUGGCUAAUGCAACAUUUAAUAGUUCUGCUGCCAUAGAAUUUACCACCAACACAUCAGUGACCAGAACUCUGAGCAGCUUCCACAUGGACUUCAGAACCAGAGAUGAAGAUGCUGUUUUGCUUCGGGCAGUGGAAGAGGUGGAUUCCCUCCAGGUGGCCAUUAAGAAUUCCUCCCUGCUUGUUGACAUCAGGAGCGGGAACAGCGUCGAGGGUGUCAGCUUCGUGAGCCCGCAGCCCGUCACGGACGGGGCCUGGCACAGCGUCUCCGUGUCCAUGGAGGAGCCGGCCGCGCUCUCUUCGCGGUGGCUGCUCCGCUGGGACGGCUCGGUGAACGUCACUCUGCAGGGGAGCGCCGGCAACCUGGACUUCCUCAAGAACGGCGCCUUGGUCGUUUUGGCCGAGAACUUCACCGGCUGCCUGGGCCGGGUGCAGAUCGGGGGGAUCUUCCUGCCCUUCCCGCCCCAGCAGCCGUACCCGCAGGCCGAGCAGUUCCAGCGGGCCGGCCCGGGCAGCGUCCGCCUGGGCUGCUCCGGGGCCGACGUGUGCGCCUCCGGCCCCUGCCUCAACGGCGGCACCUGCGAGGACCUGUUCGACUCCUUCCGCUGCGGCUGCAGCGCGGGCUGGGCGGGCCAGCGCUGCGAGGCCAACGUCGACGACUGCCAGCCCAGCCCCUGCGUCCACGGGGACUGCGUGGAUGCCGUGGCAGACUUCCAGUGCGAGUGCUUCCGGGGCUUCAUCGGGAAGAGGUGCGACAUCAACGUGGACGACUGUGUGCGGCACCAGUGCCUGAACGGAGCCACCUGCGUGGAUGGCGUUUACGGCUACUCCUGCAAGUGCCCCCCGCAGUACUCCGGACCUCGCUGCGAGUGGCCGUUCCCCCCUCAGCAGUGUGGCAAGAACUUCACCUGCUUGAACGGUGGCAGGUGCAUCACCGAGAGCUGGGGAGCCAACUGCUCCUGCAGGCCUGGCUUCACUGGAAGGAACUGUCAAAUCAACAUAAACGAGUGUGACCCGAACCCGUGCCAGAACGGGGGCACGUGCCAGGACUCGGAGAACAGAUACGAGUGUGUGUGCAGCGCCAGCUUCACCGGCGAGCGCUGCGACGUCAACAAAGGGACUCCAGGUGCUCUCUUCCCCUCCCCACUAAUUGAAGUAGCUGUCCCUGUAGCCUGUGGCUCUGUGCUGCUCCUCAGUAUUGGUCUCAUAUUCAUGGUUCUCACGGCAAGGAAGAGGCGCCAGUCCGAGGGGACCUACAGCCCGAGCCAGCAGGAGGUGGCAGGAGCUCGGCUGGAGAUGGACAGUGUCCUAAAGGUGCCACCCGAAGAGCGCCUAAUCUAGGCCCUGCCAUGCCCAGGGCCUGCACCUGCAAGGUCUGCCUGGAGCUGGAGCUCUUCCAGCCCUGGCAGCAGCAGAUCCACCCCGUCCCCGUUCCCCUAGGCCCCGCUCACCGAGAACGGACAUCGCGCGCGGGCGGCGGGGCUGGGGCUGCUGCACCCCGACGGCUCCGGGCAGCCUCUGCCCUCCCUCCUGCCCUGCCCCGGGCUGGCCAUCGCUCAUCUCAGCAGGAGCUGGAGUGCCUCUGGCUCCUGUCCCCUCCCAGGCAGGAGAGGCACAUUAAAUCUGCUUUCCAAGGCAGGGUGACCCGAGGCACCUGUGCAGGUUCAGCUCCCUGAGCCCCACUCAGGAGCUGGGAAGGUCGUGGCUGGUUUGGGUAUUCUACUCUGGUUUUGUCAACAGCUGAAAAACAUUCAAACUCUCUCAGCUCAGGCGUGUGAGGUUUUCAGAGUCUUCAACAGCAACAGCAGCUGUGACCUCCCUGUGACAGCCCUGUGUCAGAGGGAAUUGUCAGGAAUUAUCAAAGUCCUUGUAUAAAUCAGUGUUGAAUGCCCUGGUGCUGUUAGACAUUCCCAUGGGUACCAUGUGGGGAAGGGAGGGGCAGGACUCCGGGGCUUUGGGCCAGUGCAGGAGCUGCCCGAUGCUGGACUUUGGGUGUGCAUGGAGGGGAGAGGGGAGCAGGAAAAGGGUCACCAGCCUCCUGUGCAUUCCCUGCGCUCCGUGGGACAGGGCAAGGGGGAGCUCCUGCCCUGCACCGCUGCCAGCACAGCGCGGCUGAGGGAGGCACUGGGGGCUGGGGGCUGUGAAAUGCAGCUGCGUCCUGGUGGAAGCUCUGAGUAACUCCCUGUUCUACCACAGCAGCGAGUGUGGGCGCACCUCAGCCACUCCUCUGUGGUGGGAGCAGUCGGGGCUGCGGGGGCCGCCCUGCUCCUCGCACUGGUUGUAGCCACGGCGAUUGCCAUGAAGAGGAGGAGAGCGACUCAGGGAACCUACAGCCCGAGCCGGCAGGAGAAGGACGGGGCCCGAGUGGAAAUGUGGAACGUGAUCAAGAUGCCCCCGACCGAGCGGCUGAUCUGAGCCCGGGGUCUCGCUGGGGGACAGCUCUGCACGGCCUCAGGCACUGCCCGCUGGCACCGCCCCAGCGCUGCUCACUGCAGCUCAGCCCACAAAGCACUCCUAGCAAACUGCUCUGGCUGUGCAAGCUGCAGCGCUGGGGAGCAAAGACCCCACUGCUGAGGGCCAGGGGAGGGAGCAGUGGCUGUGGCACAGCGGGGACACGGAACCAGACAGAGCCGGCUGGGCCCCUGCUCCUGCAGGCAGCAGGAAAACCUCCCAGGCAGGUCCAGUGAACGGCAAUUGAACCACUGUAUUCAGAAAUAAUGUGAAUAAUAAGGUUUUUUCUAAAAGACACAUACCUGUGACUCAUAUGCAAGGUGAGUGAGUGCUGGGAAAUCCUUCCUAGAGCUGCUGCCCUUCAGCUGGGCCAGAGCUGGCAUGGCAGUAAGUCCCACUGGGCUGUGCUGGACAUGGCUGCUGGAGCGUUGCCCGAGACCAGACCAAACCACAGGAAUAUGUGAAGUGCCUUUCUGAUCCUGAGGUGCCAGUUACAGUUUAACCUUUGUGGGAGGAGGAUGGUUUCAUGUUGUUUGAUCCAGCUCCACCACUCCCAAGUAGCUUGGACCAUGGAACUGACCCUCGUGAUGGCCAGGGGCUGAGCAUCAGGUGAGGAGGGGAGAAAGAAAGAGUUCUAGAAGUGACCUCUGGACAGGUUUGGGCUUGCUGGUACAGGAGAGUGGAAUUUAGUUAGCCAAUUUUUAACCCAAACGAGGGUUGGGGUGAGUGACACAGAUCUGCUUUCCACUGCACUAAAAGGGGUUUGAUUUUGUGGCUUCACUUCUCCUGUGUUACUGUUUUAGCUGUUGAAUGUGCUGUUUCUUCUUUAGCGUAAUGUGGCAGAGGCUGUGGAAGGAAAUGCAGCACAGCAGGCCAGGUAAGGCCUAAAGUCACUAGUGUUUCAGGAUAAUCACAACUAUCAAUAAGGAAUAUUUUAGAACAGUGUCUGCUUUUUAAUGUCCAAAAUACUUUUAAAAAUCAGAGUGGGAGCCUGCCUGCUGUAGCUCAUUGCCACAAGAAAAUGCUGUUUAUUCUGGUCUGCUUUGGGAUUUUUUUUUCUACUGUAGUUGUAAAUGUUUCUGUAAUUCCAAGCAAAGGGAGGGGCGUGGAACUACUGCUCACAUGUGUUCAUUUAAGAACAGGUGUGUCUGUGUAAGAACAGGCAGCUGCUGACAGAAAAAUGAAAACUUUAGAAAACAGAAAAAAACAGGAAUGGGAGACAGACAAUAUUUUGUCAGUGAGAUCUCUUUCCCUCUAUUAGUGGAGAAGAGUCAAAGGUGAGAUCCCAGCUGUGUCUGGCAGUGACAGAGAUGCCCUGGCUGCAGGUGGGACUCUGUGGCUGCUUUCCCCUGUUCCUCAGCACUGACUCUGCUGGCACUGUUCCUGUCACUGGUUUGCUCUGGGCAUUCUCCAGCUGCUCCUUCGGGAGGCCCAGCACACUUUGGGAACAGAGCCAGUGGCACUGCCCGGUGCCCCUGUGGCUGUAGGGCUUUGGGAGCAGGUCAGGGAGGUUUUCCUGUGGCUCUGUGCACAGGAGGCCCCAGGGCAGCAGAGUGUGCCAGGACAGUGGGGCUGCUCGGCACAGCCAGGAACUCCUCCCUGGGCUGGGGAAGGGGAGUGGGGGCUCCUGGCAGGAGCAGGGGUGGGCACAGCCCUGGGGCCCCUGUGCUGCCAGGCAAAGGCCACCGUGGUUUCCUGCAGCCCGGGGGGUGCAGUAA